UGUCUUAGUGAAGACACAUAUAUUAAAAAAAACUGCAAUAUCACCAUACGGAUGUAACAACAAUUAUGAAUAUAACUUUUUUAACCUUAUGCAGUUGUGACAUCACAAAGGACUAGACGGGUUUCGCGCAUUAUCUAAAAGACAAUAGGUGUUGUGAAUGUAAGAAAUAGUAACAUAGCAGGUAAUUUAACGGGAACCAACAUGGCCGUUAAUCUAUUCUCAAGAAACCAUAAGCUUUAUUAUUAAAAUUAACAAAUGAGCACCCAAAAUGUAUUUAAACAAACUCACAUUGAAUACUUUGUCAUUGUGUUCUUGCCCUUACAGGAUGAGGCUUCUGCUGAUAUUAAUUUCGUCCCUUCUGGUGAUGUGUAUAGCAGAAGUACAGAAGAAGAAUCGCAAUGAACCUCCAACAGAAACGUUAAGCGAGAAGAGAAUACUCAUGCCACCAAGGCACAUUAACAUAAAAUUAUCACCAAAGACCAAGCCUCAACCUUUGAUAUCAUUGUAUAAAACGUACGUUGGGAAAAAGUCUUUGAUGCGUAAGUUUGUACCUGUUCCAAGAAUGACCGAACCACCGAUUAAGGUAACUAGACGACCAGUUAUGAAGCAACGGCAAUUAGUUGUUGGAUCUGUCACAGUUAAACCACAUAAGAAAGAAGAUAUUCAUGUUACAUUAAGGAGAAAAGCCAAUUUUAGACCUGUAAGUUUUGUGAAGGAUACCAAAAGACAAGAGGUUGCUGCAAAAUCUGUUAAACCGGAUAGUAAGGAAGACAAACAUGUUACUAAGGCUCUGGCCAAUGAUCACAAAGAAGAUAUUUUAAAACCAAAAGAGGAGAAAAUAGAUGCGGAUGAAGAUAACAAGGAGUUUAUAUUUCUAAAUCCAAACGCUAGUGCAGCUAAAGAAGACAGUGAUAAAAACUCUAAUUAAUUUUAAAAAAUUGCUUUAGUAAUUUUUGAUUCGUAGUCUUCGGCAAAUAACUUGGCAAGAGUCCUUUAUACGUCUUUUUCUACGAAAGGUACAAAACUUUCCCACCAGGCAACGUUGCCAAUUUACCUGCCGAGACCU